AAUGUCAUAAUGACAAUAAAUCACUUACGUCGUUCUGUCACAUCAUACUCAAUUCCAUCAUUAUUCCCUUAAUCAAAAUGAGAAAUUCUCUUUUUUAUAUAUAAAAAGACAUCUAAUGUAAGUAUCCCUAAUUUCGUUAAACAAGUUAUGCACGGCGAUAAUUCAAGAUCAAGUUUACCGUUUCAAGAUGGUACUGACGGAUCAGAUAGUUCAGCGUAUUCGGACAAGUCUUCUAAAUUACGAUUUCCAGAUAUCAAUCAGAAUGAUGCACUUAACAAAAAUUUUAAAAAGGAAAUCGCUCAACUGACUCCUACGGUAAAGAAGCGAAAAAAACGGAAAGUGUCUGUGUGUUUAACAAACUGCAGAUACGAUGUGGUCAGGAGGAUUGCUGCAAAAUUCGCAUUUCAGGAGGUGGCGGAUAACGACAAUUGGAAUUUCAAUUGGACCGAUCUGUCCAUAUCAAUUGAACGGUGCAAAGAAAUGAAACGUUACCAGCGCAUCAAUCACUUUCCUGGAAUGUUAGAAAUAUGCAGGAAAGAUCUGUUGGCUCGAAAUUUAAAUAGAAUGCAACGCCUUUUCCCAAAGGAGUAUAAUUUUUUUCCACAAUCGUGGUGCUUACCGGCCGAUUUGGGAGAGGCCCUAGCGUACAGUAGAUUGAAGAAGAACAAAACGUACAUUUUGAAACCCGACGCCGGUUGUCAAGGGAGAGGAAUAUAUCUUACCAAAACUUUAAAAGACAUAAAGCCAACGGACAAAAUGGUCUGCCAAGUAUAUAUCUCGCGUCCUUUUCUUAUAGAUGGAUUUAAAUUUGACUUAAGGGUAUAUACUUUGAUUACCUCAUGCGAUCCUCUAAGAAUAUAUGUAUAUAAAGAAGGGUUGUGUAGAUUUGCGACGAGCAGAUAUAAAGAACCGAGUAAUGUUAACAUGACAAAUGUAUUUAUGCAUCUCACCAACUAUGCAGUUAAUAAGCAUAGCCGGACGUUCAAUUUUGACACCCAGGUUGGAAGUAAGAGGAAAUUAUCUUGGCUGAGAGGGUAUCUGCAGGAAAUGGCGCAAGAUGUCGAUAAGUUGUGGCAUAAAAUUGACGAUGUCAUUAUUAAAACAAUAAUUUGUGCGUGGCCCGUACUUAAACAUAGUUACAUUGCCUGUUUCCCAAACCACGACAUUAUACCGGCCUGCUGUGAGUUGUUAGGAAUCGAUGUCAUAUUGGACAAUCACCUCAAUCCCCAAGUAUUGGAAGUUAAUCACUCCCCAAGUUUCCACACAGAUACCGAUUUAGACUGUGAGGUUAAGGAAACGCUGCUAAAGGAUAUGUUUAAUAUGCUUAAUUUAGGACAAUGUGACAAGAGGAGAGUGAUCAGAGAAGAUAAAAAGAAGAUUCGGGAACGAUUGCUGCACGGUGUAGUUAAGGACAAUUCUAGUGACCAAAGGAGUUUCACACAGCAUUAUAAACACGAGAUGGAAUAUAAAGGAGAUUUUCGUUUGGUUUAUCCAACAGCCCAUUCAGAGUGUCAGUACGGAAAGCUCUUUAAUCAAGGUCAGGGAUCGCUGUACAGCGACACCGUGUGUAGCAGAGCACGCGAAUCUGCACAAACGGCGUUACGUGAUGAAAUAGUACUCAAGGCAAAACUGGAAGCAUCCAAACGUGUAUCACCAGUAAAAUCGGUUCCAAAAUCACGAUCAGAUAGCCCGAGGUUAUCGCCCAGCAAACAAAGCAUUCGUCCAAUACCAUUCUCAAUCCGAAGUUCCUUCCAACCCCAAAUAAUUCAGGAAGCAGAAGAAAGGGAAAGAUUGCAGCGACUAGCUCAGAGAGACUUCCUAGUACGAAGUACUUGUUUAACAGAGCAGAUAUAUUUUUCUUUGAAAAGAAACGGAGUUUUGAGAUCAAAUGAUGAACAAAAGUACCAAAUGUUCGCCAAGCCGCGAACAGCGCAAAGAGCGAGUGCUUUGGAUAACAGGGAUGGGCCGGCGAUCGCGGACUUUAUAGAAGGAAUCAAAACUAAGGAGAUAAUGUAUUCAAAUAUUGCACCGUCAGCAGGUGGACUAAUGAAAACUGAGGUGAUACGCACAGUGCAUAAAACAUCGCACUCCUAGCUUCAAUAAU